GCUAAAUUGUUGACAAAUGAAAAGUAGACUUGUACUUCAUUUAUCCUUUAUUCUUACCUGUUUGUUAGAUUUCAUGGAAUAGAAAACAAAAUCCUCCACUCUUAAUAUAUGUCAUAGCUAAACAUGAAGUUUUUAUACUGCUUGGUUGUAUUGGUGGUUUUUUGUCAGACCUGUUGCCAAGGAGAUAAAGAUCAUGAUGAAGAUUUCAUUGAUCCCUUUGACAUGAUUAAUUUUGAUUCUGUCUCAAAGGUUAUGAUUAAUAAGGAAAACAAAAACAAGGAUGUGAAAAACCAAGAAAAUAAAGUCACAAAAGAUGAAAUGAUCAUGAAAGAUGAAAGAAUCUCAGAGGAAAAAAAAGUCACAAAUGAUGAAAAAGUCACGUCAGAUAAAUCCGCUCAGAGCAUCACUCAAGCAUCUACAACACAGUCACCACGAGUUACAAACAAAGUUCGGGACGAUCAGAAACCACCAGAUAGAAAUCCUGGUUCUCUCUUGUUCAGACAAUUUGUUAAAAAGUUGAUUUCAUAUUUUCAGUCAAAGGCUCCAGAAUCUACACAAGAAUAUCAUGUAUGGGUCAAAUUAUCCAAGGAUCAGUAUAGUGUUUUACAAACGUUUGCAGAUGGCCAGUCAAAUAUUCAUGAUGCUCAGGAAAUCUUAGUCAGUAUGAUUACUGAUGUAACGAAAUCUAAUGUUGGGACUGCUGCUAAAUUAUCCAUGUGGUUUGAAGAAAAGACCGGAGCUUCACUUGACAAUGUCUUAAAGAUGGUAACUAUAAUGAGUUUAAUAUCGAUGGUACUGUACAUGGAGAUUGGCUUACAUAUUUCAUGGAGGAGACGAGUUACACAGCUGAUAAUGCUAGCCUUUGUUAUAAGUAUACCAAUGACUUGGUAUGAACUUUAUCAGACAGCUCAGAUAAACCAGCAGACUGUAACAAUGAAAGAGGCUCCAAAGGAGUGUGUUCAGGAUAUGGAGAAAGAGGAUUGGCUGACAUUCUAUACACAUGCCUUCAAACAUAUAUUUACGUUCCAGGAGGACAACUGUCAGAAGUAUUAUGAACACAUGUUGAUUGAUCCUCUUCUUAAAGUGACCCCAACAAAGGCAAUAGCAGUGACAUUUGUCAGAUUUUUCUUAUCUCCCUUGAAGGAUAUUGGGACAGCAUUUAGUGAAUUCAUGAGAGCAUUAUUAAUUGACUUACCAGUAACUUUAUAUCCAGUUGCUAUAGUUACACUUUCCAUGUUCUUUUUCUUGUUUUUGUUUAUGUGGUUUGGAUACAGCAUCAGACUUCCAUUUUGGGUGUCCAUUGAACCAAGUCCUGUAGUCAUGGUAACAGGAGGAGGAACAACAGAUAAUACUCAGGCAAUAGAGGAUGUGCAGAAACAGUUGGAAGCUUUAGUAGGUAGUAUAGAAAACUCAGAAACACGCAUGGCAGACGAAUUAAAAAGAAUGGGAGAAAUACAAACAAGAUCAAUAGAAUAUACGGCUGCUGCCAUGACGAUUAACGUUCCUCCUCCAACUCUUCCCUCAUCUCAGUCAGCUAUUGUCUUUAACAGGAGUGACAUUAGUUUCGAAUCUUCUUCAGAAACUGAGAUAAAAUCUCCAAUUCCGUGUUCUGACGAUUCUUUUUCUGUUACUGAGGAAAUUGUGGUAUGUCAGGGAUCAGUGACAAAAGUAAUGCAGCCAAGUGGGGUAGCACCAGUAGAUAAUAUUGGUCCUAAUUCAUGAUAAUUGUAAUUAUUGAUUAUUGAUAUGAUUAAUCAUUUCAUCUAAAAUGUCUCAUUUUCAUCUAGAUAUCAAAUAGAAAGAUGUGUUAUGUGUAUUUAUUUAUUGUGUGUUUGAGAUUAUUUCAUAAUUGGUUCACUCUAGUAUUCAUGUGUUGUAUAUUUUUUGUUUCUAAUAAUUCUACCCAUUUCUAGGGGAGACAACUUUGUUGGUUUGGAACUUCUUAAGCAAAAGUAUUUUAUUUACAGAUGGAUGCCUUCAAUAGAAACAAGUAGCAAUUGAUAAAGAAUAUGAUUUUUUGUUAGCAACAAUGUUUUUGGCAGAUAUUCUUCAAUAAUGUGAAAAUAUAUUCCAUGUCUGCUUAUAUGUCUUAAAAGGGCCUCAGUGUCAUAGUGGUCUAAGUAGGUGAAUUACUGUAUAAAUAGCGUGUCAACACUGAAGUUUUGAAUCCUGCACAGGGCAGGUGCACUCAUCAUCAAUCUUAGUUGACUCGGAUUUUCAGUUUUUCUACUGAAGGUUGAUUGUUCUCUCUGUGCACUCCAACUCCUUCCACCAAGAAAAACCUACCACCAUGUAUAGCACAAAAGUGUUGAAAUUGGUGUUAAAUACCAAUCUAUUAAUAUAUUAUAAACCUGUAACAUCGUUACAUGACAUUAUCAGUUCAUUUCUGCUGAAUGUCAACAUUUAAUGAUAAUGUCAUGACUACAAAUAAAGUGCUUUCCUGAAAUCCUACAGUUAUACAGACUGUUUUCUUUACCCCUGCAGAUAUUUUGCUUAUAUUUUGCUUGUAAUUUAUAUUACAUUGUACCCUAUGGUUUAUGAGACUAAUAGUCCAGUCAAUCUAGCAUAAAUUUGACCCUAACCCGAAAGUAAUUGCAACAGAAGAUUUACAAGUUUUAAUCUGAAGUAUUAUACCCCAAAUAUACAAGUGAAAAAGUCCCAUAAAAUAUAACUUGAGGAAGACUUAAAAAAUCUCCGUUUAAAAUUCCUAUGGAGAUUUGCAUUGAAAAGGGAGAUAACUCUUGCGAAAAAGGCAGAAAUAUCAAUAAAAUUUGAUACAAAAUUAUAACUUUACCGCUUCUAUUCAUCAGAAUGUAUUGAUUCUUGAUUUUUUAGCAGUAUUUAGACUAUACCAAACAACUGUUAUGGUGCAUUUAUAUCUUUUAUCAAGCUAUAAUCUAGAUUUCGUAAUUCAUUAGUUGACCAUUAAUUGAAUUUUUCACCAUGUCAAGGUAAAGAAUUUCAAAUUUAUUAAAAACAAUUAAGCAUGUAUUCUUCUUUUUGUGGUUUACAGUUUCUUUAGAUAACUAUGUUGCUGUAAACAUAUAAUAUACAGAUAUAAACAAUACCAAAUGUUCACAUUAUUUUUUCAAAAUGAUCACAAAGCUUCAAAUUUGCAAUUUUUUAAUGAAAAAUGCACGAAAAAAAUAAAACUACCCAUAACUCUUCGAUUUUGUACAUUUCAUGAGCAGAAGAUUAUAUAAUUUAGUCAAAUACAAACUUAUAACCCCAUCAAAGUAUCAUACUUUACAUAAAUUUCAAGAAAAUCAACCAAAAACUGAUAAAAAAGACCCAUUUUUGCUAGAGUUAUCUCCCCUUCUAAUGUUAAUUUCCAUAGGAAAUUUGAAAUGUUGAUUUUGAGUUUUCCUCAAGUUUGAAUUUAUGGGACUUUUUUCAGUGUAUAUAAAGGGUAUAAUGCUAUAGAUUAGAACUAAAACAUUUUCUGUUGCAAUUAGUU